AUGUUUGUACACACCAACCAGCUGGAAUAUAAUGGCACUUAUUUAUUUGCAAAUUCGUCUUUUAUAGAAAGCUACAAACGCGGACUCUCCCAAGAAAACCAAGUGCAUAGCGAUAUUAAAUCAGAGGCAUUGCGGUUGCUCAAUAAAGAAGAUGUGGUAUUAUUAUUAUUAUUAUUCCCCGACUGUUGUGGAAACGAAGAUGUGGUCAUCGUGGACGCUGGCAAUUAUAUUAAAGCAUGGGAGUUUAACCAACAGCGCGCUGGUGCAGAUGUGUUGGAUGAUCGAGUGGACAAUUCGAACGUGCCAUAUACACGGGAAAUAUUUGAUGCUUUGUGUAUGCGUUACGAAGAGCCGCAUGGCAACUGCCGUUGGGAUAGUCCAUUGUUUGUAGUGUUUCCAUAA